UCUCUCUCUCAGCUGACGUCUUUGCUGUGGAUGUAUAUGUGCUGGCACCUCUGCUAAGCACUUCGCUCUAGAUUGCGCUCGAUUGUCUGUGGAAGGGAACAAUAAUGAUAAUAACCCGGCGGCGAGAGCAAUAACAGGAAGUUUGGACCACUAAAGAGACAUAAUUUAUUGGUUUGCCGGAACACUAUAAUAGGGUGUAGCUCGCAGAUAUUCUGGGACUUCCUGGUGGUUUAUCUUCUGUGUGUUUUUUGCGUGGAUGUUGAUGCCCCUGCAGAAGAGGAUGGAGAAGACGGAGCAGAGCUCGUGCACAGAGGAUCGUAUCCAGCAUGUCCUUGAGCGUUGCCUCUGUAACCUCGGGCUUGACACUCCUGACAAACAACUCUGGAAUGCCGGCCUGUGCAUAAACCGCUGGUGUUUGGAGGAACUUGUGAAGAGAGAUCCCCACAACUUCCUCAUCCUUCUACAGAAAAUACUGAGGAAAACAAAGGAGGUGCUGGAGCGGUGUCGGUACGAGCUGGUGGUGCCCCUCGCUCUCCUGUUCUCGUCGACGCUCCUCAAAGCUCCUCACGUGGCUCUGGAGAGCGGCGUGCUGCAGGAGGCCUACACGUUGUUCCACAGUUUCCUGUCCUGGCCCGAGCCUUGCUGUUCUGCCAGUAAACGGCUGCUGAACACCAUCCAGCAGGAGCUCAGGGCGCCAGGUAUCUCAUUUCAAAGGCUGGUGAGGACAGAGCAGGGGGUGUCACCAGAGGUCCACUGCUCUAAAACCAUCACGGUGCUGUUAGUGAGCCAGGAUGAGGACUUCCCGCCGGAGGUUCAGGCCGUCUCCGAGCAGCUGAGCAGCACCCAAACCUCCGGCAGAGACGUCGCUGUCACCCUCAUCCUGCACGCCUUCCAGGCCGCCCUGGGCAUCGAGCUCGACCUGCAGGCGCUCCACACUGCCCUGCAGGCGAAGCGGCCUCAGGAGCUGGAGCAGCUCACGGAGGCCGUGACUAACAGCAUGGAGAUGGCAGCGUCUACAGCAGAUCUCAGCAGGGCUCGACAAGGUCUGCUCCACAGUAUGGAGAGGCUCAGGGGAAGCCUCGCUGCUCCUGCUCCUGCUGAAGGUUGCCAAGACACUGGGGCCGUCGAGACUUUCACUCUGCCCUUCCCCAAAUGUCACAUGUGCACCUGGGAAAACGACAACUUUGAUUUUCUAAAUCCCAUUCUCGGAUGUGAGCCCGAGCCGGACUCGCCUGCAGACUGUUUCCUCAAAACAGAAAUCUACGUGGAUGAUAACAAUGACACCAGUGUGGACGAGGAGGAUGAAGUGGAGGGAAGCAAAGCGGAUCACCGCAUCUCCACCGCCUCCUCUUCCUCGAGGGAUUCCAUGUUUUCCAGCCACUCUCUGUCCUCCAGCUGGUCCGCGGGUACCACGCCGUCCGGCUCGUCGGGCGUGGAAAGCGACUUCAGUGAGGACACCACCCACGAGGACACAGAGGAGAAACAAGAUGGUCAACCAAAGCCCAGAAAGAAACCCAAGAAGAAGUCCAGAUCGCUCUUAGGCGUCGAGCGCUUCUCCAUGCUUUUCAAGACCCCCCGCAGCCCCAGCAACUGCCGGCGUGUUCAGAGCAUGGGCUUCCAAGGGGACAUCAGCAAAGACUUUCAAAGAACUGGGUCCCAGCUCAAACACUCCAGGUCCCUGGGGAGACAAGUUCGUCGUCUCGAUGCCCUCGAUGCCGCCCCGGACCUUCUCUCCCCUCAGAAGCACGUGUGCGUGCGCAGGAGGCCGAUCCUGAGCUGCGACGAAGGGGACGUGAUGGAGGCGCCCACCCUGGUCAAAGUGGUGGUAUUUGGCGGCGACAGAGAGGCCGGCAGGCUGGCCAGGGCAUACAGCGACCUGCAGCAGAAGGAGAGCAAAUGUCCCCGGCUCACCAAGACGUGCAAGCUGCAGUUUUACUUUGUUCCCACCAAGAGGAGAGCAACAGGAAGCCCAGGAGGAGCGCACACACCGACUGAAGGGCACAUAGGAAGUUCAGCCAGAGUGGCUGCCCCUGGGGAGUGUAACGGCAGCCUAACGGAGGACAGCACAGCUGAUAUAGCCCAGAUGCUGGGUUUGAUCGACCCCUGGUACGAGAGGAACGUCCUCAAUCUGCUCAGCCUGUCCUCUGACGUCCUCUGUCAGACCACCUGUAAAGAAGGCGACGUGUCAGUGAGCAACGGCGGCGCGGAGACACUUCCCCUGCUGGGCGACUUGGUGCUUUACUACUGUAGACAUGCAGACCAGCCUGUUCUGGUGCAGCUCUACCAGGCCGAGCUGACUCUGGCCGGAGGAGAGAGGCGGAGGGAAGUGUUUAUUCACUCUCUGGAGCUCGGGCACACCGCAGGAACCAGAGCUGUUAAGGCCAUGGGCUCCGCCAGCAAAAGGUUUGGAAUAGAUGAAGAGCGAGAGGCGGUCCCUUUAACGCUGAGCGUCUCCUACAACAAGGUGGCUGUUAGUGGGAGGAGUCAGUGGACCCAGACUGACACCAUGUGCACGUCGAUAAAUCUUUGCAAAGCCUGCAGGAAGCCAGAGCAGCUGGAUUCAAGAAUAGAAAGCCUGCAGUUGACAAUGACAGAGGUCCUGAAGAGGCAGUGCUCCAAGUCUAAAAAGGGCUACAACCAGCACAUCUCCAUAUUGGAGGUGAAGGUGGACAAGGUGCAGGUGGUCAGCGGAGAGGAGGGGACGACUUUCGACGUGUGUCUGGAUCAGGACGAGAAGAAGUUCAUCCAGAGCGUCACCAGGUGCGAGGUGUCUCUGUGCUGCAAAGCAGGAAGCAGUUCAGACUGGAGGUCCUACAAGCCCUUACCUGGCCAAGUCCAGCCUCUGCACCCGUCCUACUGCUCUCUGCUCUGCCUGCCCAUCACCUCUUUCUCCGCCUCGUACCCGUGACGCACUUUUUCGACUGAGCUGAUAUAGAACGACUCCCGCAGGGACGUUCAAUCCAAAGCAAAUCAGGGUGCAGACUAUGCAAACUGGAUAGAGAUUGAAAAAGAAAGCAGAGAUAAAAGUUGCACAGGGUUACAAUUUAUCGACCCACAAAUAUGUGUCAAGGUGUGUCACAUUGUGAACUGUUGGCACGACAAGCUACUGUUUUCCUCCUCCUCAUAUCUUCGAUCACUGUGGUAAAUGGAAGAUUUAGCGAUUGUUAAAACAAAGGUGAAUGUUGCAUUGCGCAUUCAUUGAGUAAUUGUCAAGUUUUAACGCGUUUUUUAAAGGAAUGUUACCCAUCAAGCGUGUCCAAUUAUCUGCUGUCAAAAGUGUAAAACUGUUUACUUGAUUACCAUUGUGUACGUUCUGUUGAUCCAUGACAGAGUAAAAACUUUUUUUUUUCCUUUACAUAAUAAGAUAAGCUAUUUAUUUGUGAAGUGAUAGCACUGGAUACACGUUUUGUUUUGUUUUUUUAAGAAAAUACAUUUCAUUUUGUUAACGUGUCACCAAAUUGAAAUAAAAACACACCAGCUUUGUUUGUUA